GCCCAGAUCCACACAUUCCUGUCAAGAACGACACCGCUAAACUGGCACUCAUACUGUAGUAUUGCAGGCUGCUUCGUGUUGCACAUUUGCUUUAUUUGUACGUCGGGAGAAAUGUCUGACAACUGCUAGUCUCAUGCCUCACACACGUUGUCAAUCACUCUUGGUUCUUGCAACAAAUGAUACCCAUGACCUUCCUAUGUGUCUCUUCUCAUGGCCCCUGCCAUCAGGAAUGUUCGCAACGUACCUUCCGCGCAUCUUACCGCAGUCACUCCUUCAUCUACCUUUGCAUCCCUCUACCUCCAAGAUGGGCUGCCGGGUUCUGGUAUCCCGCAAGAUGUCUUCAAAGGUGGCUCCUUCUGUUUCUCUGUAGUUGCGUUCUCCGCCAUUGGAUUUCUUUACCGUUCAAAGAAUAAAGCCCGAACGUCGAGAUCUGGUCCUCGUGAUCUCCUUCUCCCCGCUGUCUUCGCCUGUAACAAUUCUGAUGCUCCAGCCAGACUUGCUGCUGGACGACUCGCAAUGGACAUCUCCGCACCAUGUCUCGUGUCUUCUACCAAUGCUGCUUUGGACCCUUAUUAUUUCGAAAGCCAUACUCCACAUCAACUUUAUUCCUCAGUCGAAGUGUCCCCCAUCGCAUGCCAUUCCGGGUUGGAGUUUUCGGCUAGCCUGCAGCAUCCUUAUGCGUCUACACCUCUGAUAGAACACAGCCAGUCGCUCGAUUUCUUUCAAAGUGGUAUUGGAGAGCUCCAGCAUAUCCCAGAAAUGGGACCACUUCACGGGUCAGAUUUUUUGGACCCAGAACACCAUUCCUACAUUCUCUCGAUUCCGACCAUUCCGAGGAUCGCGCUCGAGGAUCUUUCCGACGACAGUCUCACGUUCGUUAACAAAACUUACGAUUUCAAGAUCAUGUCUGUUGGUGCCUCUGUCCGCGAGGGAGAUUUUUUGGAAUUGCCCAAGGGAUGUUGGCCACGCGCCUCACCUUCUCGAUCAUCCUUUUCUCAUCAGGGCGCUCGCUGUUACAGUGUCCAUGUCGGUGAUAUUUCCAAGUACACCGAUGCACUCUCUGCUCCUGUUUGUCGGCUGCCUGCCUUCCAGGGGGCUCACAAAUAUUCUCUGGAAUCCAGCAAGGAGAGCGAUGACAAGACUGAGAACCAGGCUUCCAGUAUUCUUCUAGAGUUCAUCGAAGAUGGUAGUCGACACCAGCAGUCCGACCUUACUUCUGCAAGCAAGGAGAGCAAAAAUCAUAACUCCGCAUCAGGAGUCACUUCACAGUCAGACGCGGUCCUUGUGAAAUCAGUACCUGAUUACCCACGCCUGGAACCCUCUGCGGUCGUUCACUCCCACGGUAAACACCGCCGCGCCCGAGCAGCUUCCUAUCAGAUUAUCUCUGGAACACUGACCGAGCACAAAGACUAUAUCGAUAUCCAGUCAUUUUGCAGGAGCCCAAAAGAGUCGCGGUGGGCACCCGAGAAUGGUAUGAUGGUCAUCAAAGUCUACAUCCCCUCCACCAAUGACCUCUGGGCUGCGUACUUCCCCACCUAUGUCACCCUCUCUAUGUUCACGUAUAUAUGGUCGUCCAAACUAAGCCUUCGCCUCCGGUUCAGCGGGAGUGCGAUGGACACGCCGGAAUACUACUUCGAAAGGGAUGAGGUAUUUCAGUGCUGGGUGAAACACCGAGUCCGGCAUGGUCGCAACCUUCCCAUCGUCGGUCAUUUGGACUACGCGGUCCCUCUGCCGCCACUUGUACCGAAGGAGGCUUAGACCAAACCUUUUCCCUCUGGAUACACCAGUCUCGUUGCUGACAUCUUAUCUCCACCGCUCACAUGUCUUCAACUCUGCACAAUACUACUUCCGCUCGAUGUGUUUAUCAAUUCAAUGUUUUCAUUUUGUAGGAUCUGUCUGUUUUUCCAAUCGGUGCGGUUAGGCCAAAAAUACACAU